CCCUUCUCACCGCCCGCAACCGACCACCGUUUUCCACGCCGCGAGCGAAUAUCUGCCACGCGAGUUUACCGCCAAACCACCAAACAAGAACACAGUCCAUAUACCUCGGAAAGAUGCCUUCAGGACAAGGAGCGGGUACCAACCCCAUCCACAACAAGAAGCCCAAGAAGAAGGCUGCCGAGCUGGACGAGGACGACAUUGCACACAAGAACAAGCUCGCCGCUGACAAGAAGGCGCGUGAGGAACUCGCCAAGACGGUCGGCAAGGGCAAGGGACCCCUCAACACGGGCUCCCAGGGCAUCAAGAAGUCUGGCAAGAAAUAAGCGCGUGACUCAGCCUGACGAGCACAACGAGCCACGAACGAUUUGACAUGAAAGAUACCACGAGCCAGGAGUCAUGAUCGGGAGGGCGUUCAUAUAUACACGGUCUUGAAUGCAUGAAUAUACCCACCGCUCAUCCUUCGUGACCUGAGAGACGCUGUUUCUGCGUUAGCUGCGUGGCUGUAUUGCACCGCCAAUGUUGAGUUACUGUUGAAACAUCCACAAUGACCGACAAUCAGGAACUAAUGGAUAGGUAUCUUCAAGUUCUUACGUCUUCUCCAAGUCAGCAG